AUGUCACGUUCGACGAGUCGGUACCCUACUACCGCCUCUUCCCCUACCGCACUCCGUCCCUCCCCCCGCCCCUGCUCUUCUUGGUACCAGGUAGACGCGGUUGAGCCUGUCGAGGUCACUGGUGACUCUGGUGCUGCUGCGGGAGCUGAGCCUGGGGGUACUGGGACUCGAGGUGCUACGCCUGGGGGUGCUGAGACUGGGGGUGCGGAGUCUGAGGGUGCUGAGCCUGGGGGUACUGAGCCUGGGGGUGCUGAGUCUGGGGGUGCUGAGCCUGGGGGUGCUGGGCCUGGGGGUGCUGAGCCUUGGGGUGCUGUGCCUGGGGGUGCUCUGCUUGGAGGUGCUUUGCCUGGGGGUGCUGAGCCUGGAGGUUCUUCGCCUGGAGGUUCUCCGCCUGGAGGUGCUUCGUCUCACCGAGAGCCACUCUCCCCACAGGAGCUGCGUGAGUGGUUUGCCCGGCGCUGGAGGCGUGCUGCUGGUGCUGGAGGUUCUUCGGCUGCAGAGGGUAUUGCUGCAACGCGUCCUGGAGGUGCUCGUCCUGGGGGUACUGGAGUUGCUGGGCCUGAGGGUUCUUCUGGAGCUGGUACUGCUGACGGUGUUGGCGCUGAGACUACCGCUGGCGGUCCAGCUGGCGGUGCUACUGGGGGUUCUGGGGCUUCUGGAGGUGCUGCUGGGGGUUCUGGAGCUAUUGGAGGUGCUGCUGGAGGUGCUGCUGGAGCGGAUACUCCUGCUAGGGGUGGAGGACCUGCUGGCGAUGCAGAGCUGCAACCUCAUGUGCCUGCCGGAGAACUACCAGAUGAAGGUAAGAAGGUGGUGGAUGGUGGAAUGAAAGGGAGAUGGUGGGAGGGAGGAUGGUGGGAUGGUGGGAAGGAGGAUGGUGGGAUGGUAGGAGGGAGGAUGGUGGGGAUGCGCAUCGCAUCCUAUCAUGUCCUGACCUACUGUUCUCUCCUCACCCACCCACGCCCCUCCUCCCGCGCCCCCCCCUUCUCCUUUCCCCUGCUCUCCAAGCAAUACCACCCGUUUCCUGUCAUGCUACGCUUCUUGACAUUCUGUGUUUUUCUCCCCUCCCUUGUGGUACCAUCUUACUACCUAUAUCACAUCCUCUCGUGGCCACAGCUGCUCUACGUGGCAGAGGACCCAAUGCUCUCGUUUCACUCUUCCCACACAACCCUUACCUGCAUCCCCCGCUCACCCAUGCCUUCCCACCCCUCUCCCCCAUUACUACUUGUACCACAUCCUCUCGUGGCCACAACUGCUCUAUAUGGCAGAGGACUAUAA